UCCUAUUUGUUUGAAAUCUAGUAUUGACAUAGCUCUUGCGGUCACCUUUUGGAAGCUCACUGUAUAGAAGGGCAACUACUCAGUUUCGUCUCGCUUGGAUAACUGUUCACACCGAGAAACCACUUUUCGUGUUUACAAGAUGGACUACAACCCUGAGGACAUGAGUGUCAGUUUCUGCAUUGGGCAGCAUGAGAGCAAGCGCACAGAACCAAUUACUGCCGAGGUAGUGCAGGCAGCUCAUGAAAGUAACUAUGACAUGCUUACCACCCCGAUCACUACCUCCCACUUCCAAUCCCGGGUUCUCGGCUUGCUCUCGUCUCAUCUGUCCAACACGUCGGCGGUGUCUCAUGAUGCGCAUGGGACCUUGGGGAACACCGAGAAUACACAGCCUCUGGUCAUCCCGCCCCUGGGACCGUCGGAUACUCAUUUGACCCCGAAUGAGGCGAUGUCUCAAUUGGUGGGAGCUACUAGCUCUUGGAUUGACCUGUGCUCUCCGGAUCCGUUGGUUGCGGACAUCUCCCGCCAGGUGUUGAUGUUGGAAGUCGCCUACGCAGCUUUUUGCGGCAUUGGAUACCUUUUGGUUCCGGGGCCCAAAUUGCACCAUGGCAACAUGCACUCGGAAGGAUUGCUGUACUAUGCUCGAACGAUCCAGGAUGCGAUCAACCUGGGACCUUACAUCCAGUUUCACAUUUGGCUCAGGACGGUUGACAACCCGGAUCUGGAAGUAGAUGAGAUAGGCGACUUGACACCCCGUGCUGAAUUCCUUGAGGGAUUUCCUGGAGGGUCAUCGUCGAGAUUGGAUCCUUUUGGAACAUGGGAUGCCUGGGACCUGAUUAGAAGAACUUGUAGAUACCAUUCGAGACUUUUCAUAGCGCUUUCCCUGCCAAAGCAUCUCCCGCCCAUGUCCGUCCAGUCUCGGUGGCAUUCCGAGCCAGUCCACAUGCUUACUCUUGAUGCGAACUCCUUUAUCAAGAACCAGAAGGGCUACCCUGUCCUGUCGAAAGCGCACCAAGCUCUGAUCGCUCGGUUCAUGCGUCUUCGAACGGCCCCGUGGAUUCUCCUCUGCGAUGUCGGGCCCAUCCCAGGGGCGGAACCAGACGAGACGUUUACUGAUCACAUGCCUGGUUCUGACUACCCCAGCUUGGCCCAGGCCGCAGUGUCGAAUAAGAAACACCAUGAUCCCACCCCCCAUUUGUCCUACAUCCGGAAUCUUCAGAAUCGGCAGCCGCCACGAAGCGCCCUCGAAAGGUUUGGAAUCGGUUAUCAAGACUAUCUACAAGCUCCGCUGCAGCCCUUGACCGUCAACCUGGAGAGUAUCACCUACGAAGUCUUUGAGAAAGACCCUAUCAAGUACGAAUGGUACGAAAGAGCCAUUGCCAAGGCUUUGAGCGACUGGUCAACGCAGAAGAAGCCCACCUCCAACCCAGACGGUCGAGUGGUUGUGGCGGUGGUGGGUGCCGGCCGAGGACCUUUGGUCACCCGAGCACUCAAAGCCAGUGCCGAAACGGGCGUUGACAUCGACUUGUGGGUGGUUGAGAAGAACCCCAACGCCUUCGUGCUCCUCCAGCGCCACAACCAGAACCUCUGGGGCGGGAAAGUUACUCUGGUCCAGUCCGAUAUGCGUAGUUGGAAGGGACCCCGAGUAGAGAAGAAGGACGUCGCGCCACAGCAGGCUGCUCCAGUUGGGCAGUCUCUGGGCAUUGAGAACUCGUACCUUUACGACUCGAACACAGCGCAAAACCCCGAAUCCGAGGCCAAACCGACUGCGUCGGAGCUCAGCUACACUACGAUUGACAUUGUAAUCUCCGAGCUCCUGGGUUCAUUCGGCGACAACGAACUCUCGCCCGAAUGCUUGGACGGAAUUACUCACCUCAUCAAUCCCGUGCACGGUAUCUCCAUUCCGGCCUCGUACACGGCCCAUUUCACGCCCAUCUCGGCACCCAAGCUUCAUGCCGAUGUCAUGCACCAGACAACCUCCAAUCCCGCGGCUCCCGAGACGCCAUAUGUGGUGAUGUUGCAUGCCAUCGACUUUCUUUCGGCCAACCAGCCGUCCGCUGCUAGCAUCAUGAACAGCAACCUGGCCAGCAGCAAUCCCAACAACGUUCGGUCAUCCAUCGCCACCCUUCCCGGGUCCGAGACUCCUACCCCGUUUGUGCAGACCGCGUGGUCCUUCUCCCACCCUAACAAGCACAUCCCGCCUCAAUCCCUGUCCUCGUCGACUAUUUCGAAUGCGCACAACGUGCGGCGCACGCGGUUGGCCUUUCCCGUUCAGAACCGAGGCGUCUGCCACGGUCUGGCGGGAUACUUUGAAACCGUCCUGUAUCGGGACGUCGAGUUGUCCACUAACCCCGUGACCAUGGAUCAUAAGAGUGCCAACAUGAUCAGCUGGUUCCCCAUCUACUUUCCGCUAAAGACACCUCUUAACGUGCCAGACAACGGCGAGGUCGUGGUGACCAUGUACCGGCAAACGGACGACCGAAAGGUGUGGUACGAGUGGAUGGUCGAGGUCUUCGCCCUGGAACCCCCCGCGGAGCCCUUGGGGCGGGAGUUUAUUGCUCCGGUGAUGAGCGGAGCGAGGGCUGAAUCGCCCGGAACUGACGGUCGCCCCAAAACCCAGCCGAGCCAGAACAGAAACCCGGGCGUGCGACGGGUCAGAGUGGGCAUGAGUGAUCUACACUCAAGCAUCAAGGAGGGAUGCCUGAUGUAAGCGAGGCUAAAUAAAACGCCUUGGCGAUGGACAGAGAGGCUUGGCCGUGAGAUUGACGUCGUACACGGGUCGCAAUGAAGGCGAUCGAGAGUUUGGCGGCGGAUUAAAAGCAGACAGGAAAUAACCAGAAGAAGCAAAGAAUGUCG